GAGCUAUGGUUUGAGGACGGCAACAUUGUUAUCUCCUCCUUCUUCGCCCCCGAUACACUCUUCCGAGUACACCGCUCCAUCUUAUCCCUAAAUUCGGUGGUGUUCCGCGACAUGUUUGCGUUGGCUUGCAGCGGUCCAGGAAGCGGUUGUCCGACGUUUGAAGGAUACCCACUCAUCCAGCUCGCGGACGACCUCGAUGACAUCAGACAUUUCCUGGGGGCAUUAUAUCAUCGCAGCUACUUUCAAAAGGGUAUCGACAUGCACCUAGACGUCGUCGCUGGCAUGCUUAGGAUGGCCACGAAAUACAUCGUGACGGACUUGCGGAAGGAUCUGAUCGCACACAUGGAACUGCUAUACCCCCUCUCACUCAAGGAGUUUCGCGCCACAGUGGAAGAUGGGUCACAUAUUGACGAUGAUGGUCAUUCCUUCGUCGCGGUGCAGAUCGCCCGCGAGAGCAACAUACCCUCGAUCCUCCCCGCCGCCCUCUAUCACUGUUGCGAGUUGCCCGUCCAGAGCUUGCUCGAUGGCGUCGAGUUCUCCGGGAUGUUAGGCCCUCGCCGGGUGCGGCUCCCGGCCUCCGAUCUGCGAGCCUGUCUGCUCGCUCGCGGAAAGUUAAUCAAAAUCAAGGCCGAGAAUAUCGAUGCAUUCCUCUGGGACGACGGUCCAUCCGCUUCAUGCCGAGACCCUCAGGGCUGCUCCGAGUGUUUGCGCUGCUGUCAAGACGACGAGCGGCAGAAUGGAUACUUCGACACCUGCGAUAUCUUCACGAGGAGGCUGCGGUCGGUUUACCACGGGACCGCAGAAGGGGAUUUCUGCUACAAAUGCCAGGCGGCGUGGAAGCGUAAGGAGGAGGAGGAGCUAGAACGAACUUGGCGUGAGCUUCCUGCGGUCUUCGGUCUCGAGGACUGGGCAGAAUUAGAAAAACAGAGCCGGUGCAUGUGA